GGGUCCUUGUUCCCAGCGCCUGGACGGGCAAAGCCCCCUCGCGCUCCAGCGGUGGGCGCUAAUUGGAGGAGACGCGCGCCCCUGACCCGCCGGCCGAGUGUUGGGUCUCCCCGUCACUUCGGAAUCUUUCUCUUCGGGCCCGCUUCUUCCGUGGCGAGGAGAGGGGAGAGUCGGCGACCUUUGCGGAGGAGAACCUUGGGAUUUCUCCUUUUCGGUCCUUAGUUUGGUUCUAGCAAGCGGCGGCGCCGGGGACUCCGAUGCACCCCUUCCAGUGGUGUAACGGAUGCUUCUGCGGCUUAGGGCUGAUUUACACCAACAAAUCGUGUACAAUGCCUCCCAUCACUUUCCAAGACUUACCACUGAAUAUCUACAUGGUGAUUUUUGGCACCGGCAUCUUCAUCUUUGUGCUGAGCCUCAUUUUUUGCUGCUACUUUAUGAGCAAACUUCGGCAUCAAGCACAAAGUGAAAGAUUUGGUUACAAAGAGGUGGUUUUGAAAGGUGACGCCAGAAAACUAAACUUACACGGGCAGACCUGCGCCGUCUGCCUGGAAGACUUUAAAGUGAAAGAUGAGCUGGGAGUGUUGCCAUGCCAACAUGCCUUCCACAGAAAGUGCCUCGUAAAAUGGUUGGAAGUCCGAUGCGUCUGCCCCAUGUGCAACAAGCCCAUUGCGGGCCCCACAGAGGCUCACCAGAGCAUUGGGGUCCUCCUGGAUGAGCUGGUGUGAUCCCCACCUCUGCUCAAGGGCUUCCCCCGGAAUCAGAACGUCUAUCGACAUGGACAUUUGCCUUGGGGCUCUGCACAUCAGCCUGUGUCCCAUCCAGAGACACUUCUCCUCCCUAAAAUCAUGGCCAAGAUGGAAGGCAAGCCGGCCUUGCUCUCCAGCCUGGGAGGGAUUGUCAGGAGAGCUUCAUCGGAUCAGCGCUGGGGCCUCACGCUACAGUCCACCGAUCCAUGAAGGGCUUGGGAGACAAGAAGAGGGGAUCUUCCCAGGAAAUCCUGUGUAGACAAUCAGGUUUUGCCACUGGACCUUGUGGUGCCAACUAUGAGAUUAAAGUCUUCCUUCUUCUAGGAACUGCUGGCCAGAAGCGAUGGGUGGCAAACAUCCCCUGUGUCUUCUUUAUCCACUUUGGCCAGCAUCUCCUACUUCUGUUUUAGCAGGUUUACUCAGCACCACUCUUUUAGUAGAAAGCCAUCUGGACCCUCUUGACCUCUCCUUGUGAGAAGAGGUUGUUUUAUAAACCAAGAGCUUGGAAGGUUCUGUCCUAGACCUAUUGCCAGGUUCUGCCUGGAUUGUUCUCUGCAGAACCUACUGUCAAUGUUUACAUUAGACUGAAUUGGAAAUCCUCCUGUAGGUGCAGAAGACACUUCCCUGACCAAGAGAGCACCAAGAAAGCCAGCCUGUUUCCAUUAGAAGACUGGUUUGGAGUGGGAGGAAAGGGCCUUGGGGCCAGUUGGCGAGGAAGGAGGAGACACGGAAAUAGCUAUGUCCCAACCUUUUGGAUUUGGAAGAUGGACGUGUUAUCCUGAGUGGCCUUCAUUUUUUUUCUUUAUUGUUAUUGUUAUUCUAUCCUUGUACAGAAAAAAAUAAAUGACUGACUCUGAAACCUGGA